AUGGCUGAUACUGCUGAUUUGGGCGAUGAUGAGCGUGAAAUUGAAUUGUCCUCUAUUGCUGCCAUAUUUCCAGAACUCACUUUUCAGUCUGGCGAGUCUUAUGUCGCCUCGAUAGAUUUGCCAGUCGAACCUGCGCAGCCGCUUCCUGUCAGCUUUCCUGGCCUCAUAGAUGGAGCUCCGCCAGUCGACUUGCCGACUCCUCCUACCUCAGACAUAGCAAGUGAGGGAGAAUCCACUGAGAGAGUGGAAAGGCCGCUGUCGAAAUCGGCGCAGAAAAGUCCAGAUCGUCAGGUUGAUGUACCGAGGGAAAUUCAUUCGUUAUCUCAUCUGCCUCCGUUACGGCUCCGCAUUAGCCUGCCCCAAGGAUAUCCGGCAGAGAAACCGCCGCUUUAUGAGCUAUCGACCAAUCCUCCUUGGCUGCCAAGAGAGGCGCUGCGCCGAUUAGAAGAAGAAGGUAAUGCGUUGUGGGAAGAGCUUGGGAGAGACCAGGUCGUGUUUGCCUAUCUCGACCACCUGCAGCAGGCGGCUGAACGCAACUUUGACCUUAUCCAACACGAGAAUGAUACUCUGGAGGUCUCGCAGGGGACAAAGAUUGCUCUACUGGAUUUUGAUAUCAAUUCAAAGCGGGAAAAGUUUGCACACGAAUCUUUUGAAUGCGGGGUUUGCUUAGAACCGAAAAAGGGCUCCGUCUGCCACCGCAUGAGCUCCUGUUCUCAUGUAUUCUGCGUUAGUUGUCUUCAGGACUUUUACAAUACUUGCAUUUCAGAAGGCGAUAUCUCCCAAGUGAGAUGCUUGGCGCCAGACUGUGGUAAAGAGGACCCAGGCCGAGGAGCUGCCAACGACCAACGGAACAGACGGAAGAAAAAGGCAGAGCGUACACUUUCACCGAGCGAACUCCUACAAAUCCCACUUGACAAGGACAUGGUCAAGCGGUAUGUGGAAUUGAAACGGAAAAAGAAACUCGAGUCCGACAAGACAACCGUAUACUGCCCACGCACCUGGUGCCAAGGGGCGGCUCGAUCCAAGAAACAUCCUAAACCCAAGAAUCUUUCCGAAGCACUCACAUACGAAUCCGACUCUGACUCUGACGGAGAAAACGGACGAGCAUCGAAACAAACCGACAACGAUGACAGCAGCAGCAACGCUUUGCCUCCACCCGAGGAACGUAUUGCCGUAUGCGAAGACUGCGCCUAUGCAUUUUGUCGUGUCUGUCUAGGCGGCUGGCACGGCGAAUACGCUCGCUGCUGGCCUCGCUCGCAGGGCGAAUUGACCGAAGAAGAAAAGGCAUCCUACGACUAUCUCCGACAACACACAACCCCAUGUCCCACAUGCUCGUCGCCCGCCCAGAAAACCCACGGGUGCAACCACAUGCGGUGCUUCCAGUGCGGCACCCACUUUUGCUACCUCUGUAGCGCGUGGCUCUGCGAGUCCAAUCCCUACCAGCACUUUAAUCAAAAGGGCCGUGGAUGUUAUAUGCGCCUGUGGGAAUUGGAAGAAGGCGACGAAGGAAAUGGCGCGGGCGGCGUAGCUUUUGCCGGUGCGCGUGGCUUGGAGAAUGAGGCUGCUCUCUUGGACGACCUCGAAGAUAACCCUCCUCUUCCUCCUCCUGCCCCUGCUCCGCCCCGCGCGGCCGAAAUUCCACAGAUUAUUCUUCAACUCGAGCAAGGUCCACCUCCUGCAGCCCCUCCUCCUCCUCCUCCACAAAAUAAUCCGCCUCGCGCGCCUGCGCAAGCUCCAGCACGGGGUCAAGGCAACCGCCCCGGUGGUGGUGGCGGUGCAAACGGGAGGGCUGGAAACGCCGGUGGCGGCGCUGGUGGUGGUGGAGGAGGAGCACCGCCGAGAGCACCCCGCGAGCGAGGCCCUCCCGGCGCUGGCCUCCGGCGAUUUCUCGAACUCGUAGAAAACGACGAAGAAGACGAAUGGGACAGCGACGAACUCGAUGACGAUGGCGAUUUUUUCGAUCGGCGAAACGGACACGACCCGUGGGAAAUUCCUCUUCGAUGA